UCCUGCUUGCCAGCGGGCGACUACUUCUCCCGGAGUGCCCCCGGCCGCCGCUCUGGCCCGGACCCGCGAUGACGGCGCCCCCUUCUCCGCCGGCGUCCCACGGCAUGGAUUCGGGCUACAUAGCGGUGGAGCUGCUCAUCGCCGUCCUGUCCAUCGCGGGCAACGUGCUGGUGUGCUGGGCGGUGGCCAUCAACAGCACCUUGAAGAACGCCACCAACUACUUCUUGGUCUCGCUGGCCGUGGCCGACAUCGCCGUGGGGCUGCUGGCCAUCCCCUUCGCCGUCACCAUCAGCGUGGGCCUGGACACGGACUUCCACUGCUGCCUCUUCCUGGCCUGCUUCGUCCUGGUCCUCACCCAGAGCUCCAUCUUCAGCUUACUGGCUGUGGCCGUGGACCGGUACAUGGCUAUCAAGGUUCCGCUCAGGUACAAGAGCCUCGUGACGGGGAAGCGGGCCCGUGGCCUCAUCGCCGUCCUCUGGAUCCUCUCGUUCGGCAUCGGCCUGACGCCGCUGAUGGGUUGGAACAUGCGGGACGAGGUCGCCAAGAACUGCACGAACGUCACGGGGCCCUGCCUCUUCGAAUGCCAAUUUGAGAGCGUGGUCCCCAUGCAGUACAUGGUGUACUUCAACUUCUUCGGCUGCGUCCUGCUGCCCCUACUCCUCAUGCUGGUCAUCUACGUCAAGAUCUUCGCGGUGGCGUGCAAGCAGCUGCGGCAGAUGGAACUGCUGGGCAAGUCCCGCACGACGCUGCAGAAGGAGGUCAACGCGGCGAAGUCGCUGGCCAUCAUUGUGGGGUUCUUCGCCGUCUGUUGGCUGCCGCUUCACAUCGUGAACUGCUUCACCCUCUUCCAGCCGCAGCUCUCCAAGAAGAAACACCCCUGGAUCAUGAACACGACCAUUGUCCUUUCUCACGCCAACUCGGUCAUCAACCCCAUCAUUUAUGCCUACAGGAUCCGGGAUUUCCGGUUCACGUUUCGCAAGAUCGUCUUGCGGUACAUCCUCUGCAAAGCCGAUGAUUUCCCCAAGUACCCCAAAGAGGGCGGAAGCAGCCGACACCUGUCCGUUUGCAACAUCAGCACUUCCCCGGCCUGCAUCUGAAGGCCGUGCCUGAGGGCCGGUUGGACGGCGGCCUCCGAUACGCCCGGAGGAGGGUACGGCAACUGACCGCCAUGAACUUUUGAACUGCCGCGGUUGAAUUACAUGUAUGAUAUUUUCCUCCAUUGAGCCAGGGUUGGACUAAAUGACCUCUGGGGAACCCUCGGAGCGUAAAAAUGCUACGGUUCUAUGAAAUGCCAUGAUAUAUAUAUUUAAUAUAUUUUGUGUCUUGGAUUUGUUCGUCUUUUUUUAAAGUAUCGCGCCUCAUGGAGGGACCCUUCGGUUAAUGCCCGUGCUUGUCUGAGCCCUUAACAGAUUCAACUUGGGGGGGGGG